GAAAUAUCAAAACAAUAAGAAGAGUCCAUUUGUGACACUUUCUGACAUGUUGCUAUGCUACUCAUCUGUAUUGUUAUCAAAGAUUUAAAAAUGUGCGUGUUGCUAUGAAAUAAACAAAUCUAAUAAAUUAUGUAGCAUAGUGGUAGAAUUUCAAACAUUUGUAUCUAACGCUGGAUAUAGACAGCCAGCCUAGACAACACUGAGAAAAUGUCUAACAGUAAAUUUUAUGAUGCUGCUUACAAAUCAAGUUUAUCUCGGACAAAAGUUGCUUCAGGAGCAGCACUGUGUUUACUGGCUGCUUAUGGUGUGAGGUGCUAUUAUCCUACUUUGGCAAAACUUGUCUUCUCCAAUAAGCUAAGGAAAGGCAAAAAAUUCCAAAAGGAUCAAACAUUGACUAAACAGGAAGCAUCAACAGAAAAUGUAACUGUUUCUCCUUCACAUAGUGCUUCAGAUCAAAAUAAAAAUGACAAAACUAGUCCAAAUGUUGACAAACAGUUCUAUCAGCAAUUGCAGUAUCUUAUAAAGAUAAUUAUUCCAAAAAUUUGGUGUAAGGAGUUUGGAAUUCUGUCUCUGCACACUUUAAGUUUAAUCAUUCGGACAUUUCUUUCCAUAUACGUUGCUAAGCUAGAUGGCAGCAUUGUUCAAACUAUCGUACAACGAGAUGUGACCCGCUUUGUUGUUCAGUUAGCGAAAUGGAUUUUACUGGCGGUACCAGCAACUUUCAUCAACAGCUUGAUCAGAUUUCUUGAAAGCAAACUUGCCCUUGUGUUUCGUACAAGGCUGGUGAAGCAUGCAUACGAGAAGUACUUUGAUAGCCAAACAUACUACCGUGUCAGCAAUCUUGACAGUAGGUUAUCAAAUGCUGACCAGUGUUUAACAGAGGACAUUACAAUGUUUACAUCUUCACUUGCUCACCUGUACUCGCACUUGACGAAACCAUUGUUGGAUGUUGCGCUAAUGUCUUUCACAUUGUAUAGACUCGCCCAAAGUCGGGGUGCAAGCUCCAAAACCCCUACAAUCAUAGCUAUGGUUGUAAUACUCAUUACUGCCAAAAUAUUACGGUCUGUUUCUCCCAAAUUUGGAAAAUUGGUUGCUGAAGAGGCCCAUAAAAAGGGAUACCUCAGAUUUAUGCACUCAAGAAUUAUUACAAACGCAGAGGAAAUUGCUUUCUAUAAUGGUCAUAAGAUUGAAAAGUCAUUGCUGUCCCGUUGCUACAACGCAUUAGUUUUACAAAUGGAUCAGAUUUUUUAUAAGAGGCUUUGGUACAUCAUGCUUGAGCAAUUUCUGAUGAAGUAUGUUUGGAGUGCUAGUGGCUUGGUAAUGGUGGCUGUUCCAAUUAUAACUGCCACUGGCAUCAGAGAAGAUGGGUCUAGUGUAGAAGAUGAUGUAGAUGGUGGUGUUAGUGAAAGGACUCGUUACUUCACGACAGCUCGAAAUUUACUCAUUAGCUCAGCUGAUGCCAUUGAAAGAAUGAUGUCAUCCUACAAGGAGAUCACAGAGUUGGCUGGCUACACAUCACGUGUUUCUCAAAUGUUUGAAGUUUUUGAAGAUGUCAAAAUGGGAAAAUAUCAAAGAAAUACAGUAACAAAACAGAAGACACCAAAGGUUACCCAUGAGAGAAUCGCUGGUCCAUUGGUACAGAAAGGUGUUGUUAUUGAUACACAAACAACUAUCGUCAUUGAAGACCUUCCAAUAAUAACACCUAAUGGAGAUAUUAUUGUUCAAUCUUUAUCUUUAAAGAUUGAGCCAGGUAUGCAUCUUCUGAUCACUGGUCCCAAUGGUUGUGGCAAAUCAUCUCUGUUCCGCAUCCUGAAUGGACUGUGGCCUGUGUAUGGUGGGAAACUACUAAAGCCCCCACCCUCAUCCAUGUUCUAUAUACCCCAGAGACCAUACAUGUCCAUUGGAACACUGAGAGAUCAGGUAAUUUAUCCAGAUUCUGUCCAGGAUAUGAAAGCAAAAGGCUUUACAGAUGAUGAUCUAAUGGCUAUCCUGAAAAUUGUUCACCUUGAUAACAUUGUUCACAGGGAAGGAGGCUGGGGAGCUGAAUGUGAUUGGAAAGAUGUUUUGUCUGGUGGUGAGAAGCAAAGAAUGGGAAUGGCUCGCACCUUCUAUCAUAAACCCCAGUUUGCCCUUCUGGAUGAAUGUACAAGUGCCGUCUCAAUAGAUGUUGAAAGCAAAAUAUAUCUUGGCUUGAAGGAAAUAGGAAUCACUUUGUUGACCAUAACACACAGACCAACAUUAUGGAAAUUCCACUCUCAUCUUCUGCAAUUUGAUGGGGAGGGUGGAUGGAGAAUGGAAGAGCUAGACACAAAUGCUCGCCUUACCUUGAAUGAAGAGAAACAGAAACUAGAAAACCAACUCGCUGGAAUGCCCAAAAUGCAGGAGAGACUCAAAGAACUGUGUACCCUUUUAGGAGAGGAUUCUGUGCUACUUUCUCCUCAGAAUGUUGAAACAAAAAUAUGUGGAGAUGAAAACAACAGUUCUUUUGAGCUUGAUAAUUCUGAUUAGUUCCUUGCAGUAGAAAUGAACUUUUAUAUUAGCUAUUUCAUUUAAAGUUUAUUACAUAUAAUAUAUUUACGUUUUUCUUUCUUUAAAUAUGAAAGUGCAUUAAAAACAAGAACAAUUUUAAAAACCUCAUAAAAACAAAAAAAUAGAAAUUGAGGAUUGUAGGAAAUGAUCCUGCUUUUCUGUUCUAUUUGUUUACAACUUGAUUACCAUAACAUCAAUGCAUCUUUAAUGAUCUCUAUGCUUAAUUUGAUUAUAUUGACAGUUACUUGUUUACUCAGCACUUGUAAUCUACACCUGAUACAGAGAUUUUUAAAGGCUAGUCAUUAGAA